AUGAGGCGUCACCUCAUUCACUUGAUUGCGGCGCUUCUCCUGGUACUGCUCGUGUUCGCGGACGAGCGGGCACGGAACCAGGACGAAGGACGAAAAGCGACACUCGUCAAAGGACAGGUGGAAGAACAACAACAAGUGCUCGAUGUCGACGUACCCCCGGAAAUUGGGCCUGAUGUCGGAAGGGAGCGCCAGGCGAACGCAGAACGGGCGCUGGACCUGAUCGAUGACGCGGUCGAGAAUGGCUGCCUUGAAGCACUCGCUCUGCGCGCAGAGGUCAACAUGUUCCCGCCGCGGGGUAUCGCACAGAACCUGACUGCAGCGUACGAAGACUACGAAUCCUACCUCGAUGGCUACACGAGCGAUCCGAAGGCGCAGUUCAUGCUCGGCUUCUUCUACGCGACGGGACUCGGCGGCGCGCCCCGCGAUCAGGCCCGCGCACUGCUGUACUACACCUUCUCGGCGCUGCAGGGGUACAAGGCCGCGCAGAUGGCGAUGGGGUACCGAUACUGGUCCGGGAUUGCGGUGAAGGAGGACUGCGACCUCGCGCUGGACUACUACGAGUCCGCGGCGCGGAACGCAUUCUAUGCGUUCAACUCUGGACCGCCAGGCGGAAAGACGCUCCUCCUUUCGCCAUCGCGCCUCAGUGAUCGGUACGGCGGCAUCUUUGGCCCGCACGCGAGCUGGGCGUCGACGGGUGUCAUGGCACACCGCGCGGCCGUGAAGGCGAGCCAGGCCAAGGAGCGGGGCGAGAACGAGGCCGAGAUCCUCGAGUUCUACCAGUACCGUUCUGACCGCGGCUCGCUGAGCUACACGUACCAGCUCGGCCUACUCUUCUACCUCGGCAGCGUGUACGGGCACGGUGUGGGCGUCAGUUCCGGCGCCGAGGUCGUCGGCGAAGUACCCCGUGACUACGCCAAAGCCCAGCGGUACCUGUACCACGUCGUGCGACAGCUGUGGCCGGCCGACUUUGAUGCCGAGGGCAAGAUCAUGCCCAAGAAGAAGAUGAGCAAGGAGUCCGAAGACGCGAUCCGCAAGUACGCCAUGAGCGCGGCGUCUCUCCUCGGCCGCAUGGCCCUCCGCGGCGAGGGCAUGCAGCAGGACUACCGCGCCGCGUACCUUUGGUACAAGCGGGCAGCUGAGCUCGGCGACCCCGAGGCACACAACGGCCUCGGUAUCAUCUACAGGGACGGGCUGGGCGUCAACGUGGACGCGAAGCAGGCGAUGAAGUACUUCAAGAGCGCGGCGACGGCGCAGCUCCCCGAAGCGCAAGUGAAUCUCGGCAAGUUGAUGUCGGCAUCGGGCCAGGACGCAAUCAAGGUGUUCGAGGCGGGGAUUCGAUCGGGCUCGCCAUUCGAAGCCCUCUACCACGUCGCUGAGCAUCACGCAGCUCGCUCGCGCAAGAUCGCAGACGAGGGAAUCCAGGACCACCUCAGUGUCUGCGGCAUUGCGACGAUCUACUACAAGAUCGUCUCCGAGGUCGGAUCCUGGGGCGAGGACUUUGUCGGCGACGCGGACCGUGCCUGGGCCCGCGGGGAGACGAACAACGCCCUCGUCGGGUGGUGGCUUGCUGCCGAGGCAGGAAGCGAGAUUGGGCAGAACAACGUCGCGUUCCUCCUCUCCCGCGGACUGGGGAAGGACGUGGAUGCGCCCGCCGACUCGGAGCUGACGCUCUGGAUGCGCUCGGCGGCCCAGGACAAUGCCGACGCCAUGGUGAAAGUGGGCGACUAUUACUAUGCCGGUCUGGGACCCAACGAGAACGCAACGGCCCCGGAACUCCCCACCGGCGAGCACGGGGAGCCCGACUACGCGAAGGCCCUCGCAUACUACCAAACCGCCGCCGACAAGCAGAGCGCUAUGGCGUACUGGAACCUAGGGUACAUGUACGAGAACGGCCUCGGCGUGCCGCGCGACUGGCACAUCGCCAAGCGGCAGUACGACCUGUCAUACUCGCAGACGCCCGACGCCGCGUACCUCCCCUGGCUCCUGUCCAUGUGCAAGUUGUACCUGCGCAGCUGGUGGGUGUCGUUCCGCACGGGCGGCGCCGUGCCCGGCCUGGGCCUCUAUGACGAGGACCAAGCCCCCCAAAGUCUGUGGGAGGGGCUGAAGGGCCUAGUGUGGCCAAAGUACGACGGGUACGUGCCCGAGCAGGACGAGGAGGUCGAGGACUACUCGGGCGCGGGGUGGGCGCAGCAGCAGGGAGGGGGUCAGGCUGGGGACGACGAGGAGUUUGACGAGGUAGACGACAUCAUUGAGAGCCUGGUCAUUAUCGUGCUGACGGGGGUGAUCAUGGUCUUGUUCUGGAUCAGGGGACGCAUGGUGAAUCGGAACAACCAAUAG